UCCUGAGUUUCAAACCAGAUUAGAUUAUAACAAGUCAGACCAGACAUCCUACAAACAAAUUAAAGAGGAGAAAAAUGGCGGCUUUAUCAUCAUCAUCUUCUUCGUCUCUGUUUUUCUCCUCCAAAACAACUUCUCCGAUCAACAGUAGUCUCCUGUUCCCACCAUCUCUCCGCCGCAUCUCUCUUCCCUCUUCGUCUUCCUCCUUUUCAUCUCUCUCUUCUUCUGCUUCUCUCUUCACAUACUCUCUCAGGAGUUCCCGAAGAUCAUCUCCUCAGCGAUUUACCGUUAAGGCACACAAGAAGAAUGUACUUAUUGUCAACACCAACAGCGGCGGUCACGCCGUCAUCGGCUUUUACUUCGCCAAAGAGCUUCUCUCCGCCGGCCACGCCGUCACCAUCUUCACCGUCGGUGAUGAAUCUUCCGACAAGAUGAACAAACCUCCCUUCAGCCGAUUCUCCGAAAUCGUCAGCGGCGGAGGGAAGACGGUGUGGGGAAACCCGGCCGAUGUUGCGAAUGUGGUCGGAAGUGAAACAUUCGACGUUGUCCUUGACAACAAUGGCAAGGAUUUGGAUACUGUCAGGCCAGUGGUGGAUUGGGCUAAAAGUUCCGGCGCUAAGCAGUUCUUGUUCAUAAGCAGCGCCGGGAUCUACAAGUCCACCGAAGAACCUCCUCACGUUGAAGGGGACGCAGUGAAAGCCGACGCAGGUCACGUGGGAGUAGAGAAGUACUUAGCAGAAACAUUCGGGAAUUGGGCCUCGUUUCGACCACAGUACAUGAUCGGCUCUGGCAACAACAAAGACUGCGAGGAAUGGUUCUUCGACCGGAUUGUGAGGGACAGAGCAGUGCCAAUCCCAGGAUCAGGACUGCAGCUAACCAACAUAUCUCACGUGAGGGACUUGUCUUCGAUGCUCACUUCAGCCGUGCACAACCCUGAGGCCGCUUGCUGCAACAUCUUCAACUGCGUUAGUGACAGAGCCGUCACUCUUGACGGUAUGGCCAAGCUCUGUGCCGCCGCUGCUGGCAAAACGGUUGAGAUCGUUCAUUACGACCCUAAAGCCGUUGGGGUUGACGCCAAGAAGGCUUUUCCAUUCCGAAACAUGCAUUUCUACGCGGAGCCUAGAGCAGCAAAGGAGAUAUUAGGGUGGGAAAGUAGAACGAAUCUACCUGAAGAUCUCAAGGAGAGAUUCGAAGAGUAUGUGAAGAUUGGCAGAGACAAGAAGGAGAUGAAGUUUGAGUUAGAUGAUAAGAUACUCCAAGCCCUCAAAACUCCAGUGGCCGCUUGAUCAACUAAGGCCAUAAAAUUUCAUCCCUUUGUAACUUAUAAUGCUACCCUGUGCUCCGUUUUUUUAUUUUCUCCCGGCUCAUAUGAAAUGAAUAUGAUUCAGCUAAAAGAUCAUUUAAAAUCCAUGACCAAAAGA